GUGCUAACGUUAAUCAACAUACAGAACGAAAAAGCUUGGUAGAGUUAAGAUGGCGGCAUGUGGGUGAGGAGGCUGUAGUUCUAAGCUCGGGAUUUUUUGUCAUAAAAUAUUUAUAUGAAUCCUUACAUAUACAGAUAUCGAGAAAAUAACAUUUCCCAGACACAUUUGUGUGUUCAUUUGGAUUGGAUCCAUGACAUCCAUACACUUCGUGGUUCACCCGUUGCCCGGGACUGAGGACCAGCUCAAUGACAGACUUCGUGAAGUGUCGGAGAAACUCAACAAAUACAACUUUAACAGUCAUCCACACCUCAACCUGCUGGAGCAGGCCACCUUAAAACAGUGUGUAGUUGGACCAAACCAUGCUGGCUUUCUGCUUGAGGAUGGACGUGUGUGUCGGAUCAGCUUUGCUGUCCAGCCUGAUCGUCUGGAGCUGACCAAACCAGAUGGCAACGAUGGUUCAAAGUUGAGUGGCAGUGGUUCAGGGACAGGAAGGAGCUCCAGGCCAGGCAGGACUAGUGAUCCUCCCUGGUUCCUGUCUGGCUCUGACACACUGGGCAGACUGGCAGGCAACACCCUUGGGAGUCGCUGGAGCUCCGGGGUGAAUGGUGGAUCAGGUGGAGGAGGAGGAGGUGGCGGCGGCGGCAGCAGCAGCAGUGUAGGAGGUGCAGGGGGAGGAGGUGUAGGAGGAGCGGUCAGUGGAGGAGGUGGUGGAGGCUCCUCUGGGAGGUCGUCUACAGCUGCCAGGGACUCGAGACGUCAGACCAGGGUGAUCCGCACAGGGAGGGACCGGGGCUCUGGUCUCCUGGGUAGRCAGCCCCAGCCUGUCAUCCCUGCCUCGGUCAUCCCAGAGGAACUCAUCUCCCAGGCUCAGGUGGUCCUCCAGGGGAAGUCUAGGAGUGUGAUCAUCCGGGAGCUCCAGAGGACCAAUCUGGAUGUCAACCUGGCCGUCAACAACCUACUGAGCAGAGACGAUGAGGACGGUGACGAUGGCGAUGACACAGCCAGCGAGUCCUACCUCCCUGGAGAGGACCUGAUGUCCUUGCUGGACGCUGACAUCCACUCAGCCCACCCCAGUGUCAUCAUCGAUGCUGACGCCAUGUUCUCUGAGGACAUCAGCUACUUCGGCUACCCCUCCUUCAGACGCUCCUCCCUGUCCCGCCUGGGCUCCUCGCGAGUUCUCCUUCUUCCCUUAGAGCGUGACUCAGAGCUGUUGCGUGAGCGCGAGUCUGUGUUGAGGUUGCGGGAGCGGAGGUGGCUGGAUGGGGCCUCGUUUGACACAGAGAGGGGCUCCACCAGCCGCGAGGGGGAGCCCAGCCUGGACAAGAAGAACAUCCCCGUCCAGAGCCCUGUCUCUCUGGGCGAGGAGCUGCAGUGGUGGCCUGACAAGGAUGGUGUGAAGUUUGUGAGCAUCGGGUCCUUGUUCUCUGAGCUGGUGGCAGUGAGCUCUAAGGGGGAACUCUACCAGUGGAAGUGGAGUGAACCAGAACCAUACAGAAACACACAGAACCCUUCUAUCCGCCACCCCCGGGUGUCCUUCCUGGGCCUGACCAAUGAGAAGAUCACCCUGCUGUCUGCUAACAGCAUCAGAGCCACCGUGGCCACGGAAACAAAUAAGGUGGCGACCUGGUUGGAUGACACCCUGAGCAGCGUGGCGUCCAAGCUGGAGCACAGUGCCCAGGCCUACCCUGAGCUGCAGGGGGAGCGCGUUGUGUCUUUGCACUGCUGUGCCCUCUACACAUGCGCCCAGUUGGAGAGCAGCCUGUACUGGUGGGGUGUUGUGCCUUUUAGUCAACGGAAAAAGAUGCUUGAAAAGGCUAGAGCCAAGAACAAGAAGCCAAAGUCGAGUGCCGGCAUCUCCUCAAUACCCAACAUCACCGUGGGAACGCAGGUGUGCCUGAGGAAUAACCCCCUCUACCACGCCGGGGCCGUUGCCUUUUCUGUCAACGCUGGGAUCCCCAAGGUGGGACUGCUCCUCGAGUCUGUCUGGAACAUGAACGACAGCUGCAGGUUCCAGCUGCGAUCACCAGAGAGCCUCAAGAACAUGGACAAGACCACCAAGACACAGGAGAUCAAAACGGAGAGCAAGCCGGAGUUGGUGAAGACUGAGAUGGGGCCCCCUCCUUCCCCGGCCUCCACCUGCAGUGACACCUCCUCCAUCGCUAGCAGUGCUUCGCUGCCCUACAAACGAAGACGCUCGACCCCGGCUCCCAAAGAGGAGGAGAAGGUGAACGAGGAGCAGUGGCCUCUUCGGGAAGUGGUGUUUGUGGAGGAUGUUAAAAAUGUCCCUGUGGGAAAGGUGCUGAAAGUGGACGGCGCGUAUGUAGCUGUGAAGUUUCCAGGGACGUCAAGCAGCGUGAGCACACAGCCGAGUCUACCUAGUGCUCCAGCUCCCAUCACUGACUCUGACCCCUCCUCACUGCUGCAGGACUGUAGGCUGCUCAGAAUAGACGAGUUACAGGUGGUGAAAACUGGUGGAACUCCUAAAGUUCCAGAUUGCUUCCAGCGUACACCUAAAAAACUCUGCAUCCCAGAGAAGGCUGAGAUUCUGGCUGUGAAUGUUGACUCCAAAGGAGUCCACGCAGUGCUGAAGACUGGUAACUGGGUGAGGUACUGUAUCUUUGACCUGGCCACAGGCAAAGCAGAGCAGGAGAAUAACUUCCCCACCAGUAACCUGGCCUUCCUGGGGCAGAGUGAACGCAAUGUAGCAAUCUUCACCGCAGGACAGGACUCCCCAGUCAUCCUUCGGGAUGAAAAUGGCACAAUUUACCCAAUGCCAAAGACUAUUGGGAUCCGAGACCCUGAGUGGCUGGACCUGCCGCCCAUCGCGAGCCUGGGCAUGGGGGUGCACUCCCUGGCCAACCUCCCACCAACUCACCAUCAGAAGAAAGCUGCUAUUAUCAUAUUGGCUGUGGAGAAGCAGACGUUGAUGCAGCACGUGCUGCGUUGUGACUUUGAGGCCUGUCGUCAGUACCUGGUGAACCUAGAGCAGGCUGUUCUCCUGGAGCAGAGUCCCCACGUUCUCCACUCCUUUCUGGGCCACCGCUGCGACGGCAACCGCAACAUCCUCCACGCCUGUGUCUCUGUCUGCUUCCCCGUCAGCAACAAGGAGACCAAGGAGGAGGAAGAAGCUGAACGGUCUGAGAGGAAUACGUUUGCAGAGAGACUGUCAGCAGUGGAGGCCAUGGCCAAUGCUAUCUCUGUUGUUCCAUUUGUGUCUUUCCACCAACUCAAUGUAACCUGUAAGUGUCUUUGUCUGCGAGCUGCGUCUGAGGAGAUGAUGAGCGGCUCUCUGAGAGCAGCUGGGCUUGCCGUCACGAGUCGCGGCCCCCUCCUCCAGCGACCACAGGACCCCCGUGUCACCCAUCCAUCGCCCCUUCCCAGCUGGGUGCCCGACCCCGCUCCCAUGGACCCAGACGAGAGAGAUUUCUCUCGUUCUCUCUCUAUUUCCCCAUGCACCGCUCUCAUCCCCUUCGUCUUCCCAUCUCUCCACCAAGGUGCCAGCAGUGUCCCUGCCUUCUUUUCAGAGGACGACUCCCAGUCCAACGACUCGAGCGACUCGGACAGCAGCAGCAGCCAGAGCGACGACGUGGACCAGGAGACCUUUCUAUUGGACGAGCCCUUGGAGAGGACCACCACCGCCUCCCACGUCAACAGUGCUGCCCAGGCGCCGCGCUCCAUGCAGUGGGCUGUACGCAACACCCCCAGCCAGAGAGCCACGGGCAGCGCCCCCUCCAGCUCCUCCACCCCUGCUGCGAGCUCCACAGGUCUGAUCUACAUCGACCCGUCCAACCUGCGGCGCAGCAGUGCCAUCAGCACCAGCGCGGCCGCUGCGGCUGCAGCUCUGGAGGCCUCCAACUCGUCCAGCUACCUGACGUCAGCCUCCAGCUUAGCCCGGGCCUACAGCAUCGUCAUCAGACAGAUCUCUGACCUGAUGAGCCUCAUCCCCAAGUACAAUCACCUGGUCUACUCCCAGUACCCUGCUGCAGUCAAACUCACCUACCAGGACGCUGUCAACCUGCAGAACUUUGUUGAGGAGAAGCUGAUCCCUACGUGGAACUGGAUGGUGUCCAUCAUGGACUCUACAGAGGCUCAGCUGCGUUACGGCUCGGCCCUGUCCUCAGCAGGCGACCCCGGACACCCAUCCCACCCCCUCCACGCCUCGCAGCACUCCGCCCGCAGGGAGCGCAUGACCGCCCGCGAGGAAGCCAGUCUCCGCACCUUGGAGGGACGGAGGCGUGCGGCCACUCUGCUGACAGUGCGUCAGGGGAUGAUGUCAGCGCGGGGAGACUUCCUGAACUACGCCCUGUCUCUGAUGCGUUCCCAUAAUGACGAGCACUCUGAUGUUCUGCCUGUGCUAGAUGUGUGUUCUCUCAAACACGUGGCCUACGUCUUCCAGGCCCUAAUCUACUGGAUCAAAGCCAUGAACCAGCAGACAACUCUGGACACAACACAGAUGGACCGCAAGAGGAGCCGUGAGAUUCUGGAACUGGGACUGGACAAUGAAGAUUCUGAACAUGAGAAUGACGAGGACACCAAUCAAAGCUCCACGCUCCAGGAUAAGGAGGAUGACCCGGUCCCUUCUGAGACGGGACAGAACCACCCGUUCUUCCGGCGCUCUGACUCCAUGACCUUCCUGGGCUGUAUCCCCCCCAACCCCUUCGAGGUCCCCCUGGCUGAGGCCAUCCCCCUGGCAGACCAGCCUCACCUCCUGCAGCCCAAUGCAAGGAAGGAGGAUCUGUUUGGCCGUCCUAGUCAGGGCCUGUACUCGAAUUUGGCUCGACAGCAAACUGUGCCGAAGCUCAGCCAAAGAGGACUGCAGUAG